AUGGGAUGCUAAUAAUCCUAAAUGGCAUAAACCAAGUAUAUAAAUAGUUAAGUUGUUGAUAAAAGUUUUAAUGGAAAAUUGAAAGUCAUUUAAAAAGAUUAAGAAAUAUUUAUUUUGCAUAAUACAUAAACUAUGGUAAAAAAUAAAGAUUUAAUAGAUUUUGUAGAAGUACUGCCAAAAAUAGAUAAAUUAUAAAAAUUUACUAUUGCGAUUGAAAACUAGGAAAUAGAAUCAGAUGGCUUAAUAAAAUGUAUUAAAUGGCUUAAAAGUUAUCCAUAAAUAAAUAGUUUAACUUUGAUGCUUAAAAAUAAUGAAAUUGAAUCUUCAUUUGCUUAGCCUUUUAGAAGUUUAAUAUAAAAAUUGCCUUAACUUUAAAAUCUUUACCUUGAUUUAGAAUCAAACAGAAUAAAUAGUGAUACCUUUUUAAAGCUUUUCAAUGGCUAGUUUGCCUAAAAUUUGAAAUACCUCUACUUAAAUUUUAGAGAUAAUGAUAUUGAUGAUGAAAUAAACUAUUCCAUGUAGUUUCUCUCUAAGUCUCAAAUAGAAGAAAUCACAAUAAAUUUGGAAGAAAACUAACUAGAAACCGAAACAAUUUGUGAAAUAAUACAAAAUUUCUCUUCAUCGCUUAAGAAAAUAAACUUGAUCUUCACUUGUGUGUAUGAAGGUGAGAGAAUAUUUGAAGUUUUAGCAGAAUAAUUCAAAGUAUUGAUAAAUUUGGAAUAGUUGAAUAUAGAAUCUAAUAUUACUAGAUUCGAGGAUGUUGAGAAAUUCAUUUUAAACAUGAAUGAGUGCAGAAGCCUAUCUACAAUUAGCUUAAAAUUUAAAUUAAAUUUACCACACGAAAUAGCUGUCAACCUUAUAAAAUAAUCAAUUUUAGCUAUACCAAGCAUCAAUCUGGAUUUAUAAAAUCAAUAAGAAUUUGGAUCAAUAAAUAUAGAUUAAUUUUUAGGAGUACUUAAAAAAAAGAAUUUAGAAUAAAUGAUAGAUAUCUAUAGAUGUUUACUUCUAAAAAAAAUUUUUUAAAAAUAUAAUAUACAACUAAUAGAUUGGUAAAGUAUAUUUAUAUGA